AUGUAUCACGCAAAGAAGUUUUCGCCGGCUAGCAUGGUGCCGUAUAAAUCUCAAGGUGGUGCUGAACAACUUGCAAAUGUUGAGGCUUUGGGUGGAUCUGCUGCCAAAAAUGGCACACCUGCUGGAGGAAGUGGGAAGCAGCGUUUAAGGUGGACAUCUGACCUUCAUGACCGUUUUGUGGAUGCCAUUUCACAACUUGGUGGACCAGAUAGAGCAACACCAAAAGGUGUCCUUAGAGUGAUGGGUGUUCCUGGACUGACCAUUUAUCAUGUUAAAAGCCAUUUACAGAAAUAUCGCCUUGCAAAGUACUUACCUGAAUCACCAGCUGAUGGUAAAGACUCUAAAGAUGAGAAGAGGAAUUCUGGAGACAGCUUUUCUGGCGCCGAUUCUUCCCCGGGAAUGCCAAUCAGUGAUGCCUUAAGAAUGCAGAUGGAGGUUCAGAAACGUCUGCAUGAGCAGCUUGAGGUUCAAAAGCAAUUACAAAUGAGAAUUGAAGCACAGGGUAAAUACUUACAAAAGAUCAUAGAGGAACAGCAGAAAUUAGGUAAUACUUUAACAACCUCUGAAACACUUCCUUUAUCGCAUGAUAAACAAACUCAUCCCUACUCGGAGGCUUCUGGAUCUAGUGAUGCCCUUCCAAGCACACUGUCUCCACAUAAAAAACAGAGAAUUGAUGAUGGUUCCAAGGAUGGCUUCACUGCUUCCCAUGUAAGAAAGACUGGACAAAAGAAUGACUGCAAUGUUGGUCAGUUGGAUCCAAACUUGUAUGAUGAUACUGGGUUUGGAUUUGAUUUGGAGACAAAGAAGGAUGAAGAUAAGGGGAGUGGACAGUAA